AUGUGGUUCUUUGGAAGUUUUCUCUAUGUCUGCAUUCUCCUCAUCAAUGCCGUCGCUGUCCUUUCCGAAGAUCGAUUCCUCGCGCGCAUCAAUCUUUCACCCGCAUCAUAUGACCCUGCGUUUGGUGCUGGCCCCGAUGCCAGCGUCAAAGCCAAGAUCAUUAACCUCAUCGCGAGCGUUCGAACCAUAAUGAGGAUGCCACUGAUUUUCGUCAACUCUGUUAUUAUUCUUUACGAGCUCAUACUUGGCUGA